ACAUCAUCGGCUCCAGCAUCUUCCACCAACAGCAUCAUGAAGACUCUCUGCCUGUCCGUAGGAAUGAUACUGAUCAUGGCCUGCUGCUGCGACGCCAUACCUAUGGCAGUACAGUUCAACACAGGUCCAAUAACCUGUUGUGACCAAUUCAGCAACAUGAGAGUGCCACAAAAUAGGAUUGUGGACAUAAUAAAAACCCACAGCUCCUGCUUGAAAAGAGGAUUCAUAGUAGAGACUAAGAAGGGACGAUUAAUCUGCUUCGGACAGACCACUGCAUGGGUUGAGAAGGCUUACAAUCAAAUGACCAACUCUGAAGGCAGCGGCCUGCAACAGUGAACGUCCUGAACUGUAUUUAUGUGCAGUACAUUAUGGAAAUGCCUGUUGUUUUUGGAAUGAAUAAGCUUUAAUCAGUUUUGUAUGUAA